UCGGUGUGCGACCAGGCUGCGAGUAUGUGGGAUGCAGCGACCGACCGGCAUAAGAUCGCCGAGUAUGACAGAAGGGGCUAUGUCGCGGCUGUGGGGGCGAUGGGGACUGUGGGGGCCACUAGACUCUCUAGCUCCAGACCUGUAACUGUGGGGCUUCACGAGACCAACAACUACGACCACAGCACGGCAUACAAGGUCGGGUCGCAUGUUCCACUCACCAGAGUCGCUGCACCUCCACCUCCUCCACACCAGCAUUAUUUCUCACAGGAAAGACAUCAGUGCAUCUACAAUAAACUAAAUUGGGCAAAGAUCUCCGCAGCUCUAGCAGUGUCGCUGGGCCCGUUUGCCGCAGGUCUGGGUAAAGGCUACAGUUCCCCAGCGAUAGCAUCGAUACAAGAGAAACAACAGUAUGCUCUUCACACAGGCAACUACAGCGGCACCUUUCUAGUCUCACCGCAGCAGGCCAGCUGGGUUGCCUCCCUGUCACUUCUGGGAGCGUUGUUUGGAGCUAUCUUUGGAGGAAUAGCAAUGCGCUUUGGUCGCAAGAGAGUUCUUGUCUUCACGUCGAUACCAUUCUCCCUGUCCUGGUUUGUCACUGUGUUUGCAAACAGUGUAGAGGUCAUGUUUGCUACUGGGUUUGUUGGAGGAUUCUGCUGUGCUAUUGUCCUCCUUGUCUCGCAGGUCUACAUCAGUGAGAUAGCAGGUCCGGAUAUCCGAGGGUGUCUCAGCGCAGUGCUCAAGAUAUUCGGUCAUAUAGGUGUCCUCAUCAGCUUUGCCAUCGGAGCCUACCUUGACUGGAGACAACUAGCGUUUGUUAUAGCAGGGGCUCCUCUCAUGUUGCUGAUGAGCAUCCUGUACAUACCAGAGACUCCCAGUUAUCUGGUCCUGUCUGGGAGAGAGCAGGAGGCAGCACAGGCUCUGCGUUGGCUGAGAGGUCCUCACGCAGACAUACAGCCAGAGUUGGCAACUCUAAGGGACAACGUCUUGGCGAGUCGAGCGUUCCGGCCGACAGACAGACAAAGCAUAUCCGUAGUGCUGCAUCCCAUCCUAAUCACCUGCGGUCUCAUGCUGUUCCAGCGGUUCUCCGGAGCAAACGCAUUCAACUUCUAUGCAGUGUCCAUCUUCCGCCAGACGUUCGGAGGUAUGGAUCCUCAUGGGGGCGCUGUAGCAGUCGCCUUCGUCCAGCUGCUUGCCUCUCUGUUAUCUGGGCUACUCAUAGACACCGUGGGGCGACUGCCUUUGCUCAUCGCCAGUAGUGUGUUCAUGUCCAUUGCUCUGGCCGCCUUUGGCUCAUUCGCUUACUACGAGCACAUCCACCGGGACCGUGUUGCCGCGCAAUACGACUGGAUCCCAUUACUCUGUGUGCUUGUCUUCACCAUAGCUUUCUCUAUGGGAAUCUCCCCAAUAUCCUGGCUGCUCAUCGGGGAACUGUUUCCUCUCGAGUAUCGCGGGUUGGGCAGCGCACUCGCCACCUCUUUCAGUUACGCUUGCGCUUUCAUCGGUGUCAAAACGUUCGUGGACUUUCAACAGAUGUUGGGUCUUCACGGAGCGUUCUGGUUGUAUGCGGCCAUCUCUGUUUGCGGGCUGUGUUUUGUCGUCUGCUUUGUACCGGAGACCAAAGGUAAAGGACUGGACGAGAUGGAUCAUAAGUAUGUGAGAGCUUAGUUCGCACAACUAGUAGAACCCUGUGCCUUUUCGUUAGCCUUCUGAAGGCUUCUUCCAUUUAACUUCCUCGGUGAUAAACUGUAUUAAAAAAAUAUGUUUACGAAAAUGUUUAUAAACGACCGGAGUAGAUGCAAAAUAUUUUGUAUUGUUUUGUAUAAUAGUAUGUAUAUGUUAUGAGGCGUUUUUUGUCUUAGGUCUUAUAUUAACUCGUAGAUGAUAUGAUAAUUUAUUAUUUAAACUAUUAGUAUUAUUAUUUUUAAUCUAAUAUGUCGACAAAUUAAAUCAAUUUUCUUUGUGUCUUUCAUAACAGGCCCCAUACACACAUGCAUUACAUUUUUAUCAUACAAAUUUUAUAACAAUCGAUAGGCCUACUUUAAUAGUAUAUUUCAUCACUUGGGCCUAAAGUGACUCUUUUCGCCCCGAGCUUAAGUUUUACGAUUGAGACAAAGCCCAGGUCGGAAAAUAAGUGAGGAUUGAAAAGACACUUUUUGCCCGUUUGAUGGAACUAUAUUUUUUGUCAUAUUGCCCCAUUAUUUGAACAAACUAUGUUACAAAAAUAAAAUAGUUUUUAUUUAAAGAUAACCUCUCCAAACAACUUACAACUGCUUGUUUUCAAUUAAAUUUUCUAAUGCAAACAAGCAGCUGUUUAGUUAGUUGUGUCACUAACAUUAUACUAUCGAUACGUUUAACUAUUUUCAAUAAGGAAAAAAUAACUACAAUCGAUUAAACAAUCAAUCCAUACUUUCAAUACAUGCAAUUUUGUUUACAAAAUUUACAACUGAGUUAAAACGGCUGUUUUUGUUGCAGUACGACAAAAAAUAGUUUUACUUUACCCUGUCAAUUAAGCAUUGAAAGUAUUGUAAAAUUUGUGUCAUAGGUUUCUAAUCUAAUCUAUUUUUCUUUCUAACAGAGGACAAAUUAUAUCUUUUUCAGCUUAAAUCAAACAAUGAUUAGUGAUAACUCGUGUAAUAGUUUCUCCUAAAAGUAAUGAAGUAUACAUUUAUUCAACAGCAACAAAUCUACAAAUAACCAACCUUAUAAUUAAUAGCAUGAAACAACUUUGAGAUUCUUUUAGCAACUUUCACCAAUAGGAUUAGAACUAAUAAUCAAGCAUUUCUUAUGCACAUUUAACACAUUUAGUCAACGAAAUCUGUUAGCUUACAUUUUUGUUUUCUUUGAUUAAAGUACAGUUAAUAGGAUACAUUUCUCCAAAUAUGCAAAGUGUUUGGACGGUGGACUUUUAACAAAUAAGUAAUUUAAUAUCAAUGAACUAGAUAACGGUGUAUGAUUUGGAAAUUUGACAUAGAAAUAGUACCCAGACUUAGAAAAUUUCUGAACUUAUAAAGUUAGUUCUAAAGAAAACAAGCUAAACACAAGCGUUUUCAGUAAUAUAGACAAAUAGAAUAAAUAUAGACCGUCAUGCUGUGCUGCGGUUAGCAUAAGUUCUGGCGUCCACCGCUAGGUUUGCCGUGUAGUUACGGUGCACACCGGUGCAGCGUCUGCUGGUCGCAUACUGCUCCUGCGCUCCUCGCCUGCAGUGGUGUGCGCCGUAACUACACGGCACUCCUAGCGGUGGGCGCCGGAACCUUCCUUUGACAGUCUAUAUUUAUUCAAUUUGUCUAUGGUAAUAUGUAUUAACAGCCGAACAUUUAUAGUGUAAUUAUGAUCUUGUAUGACAAUAAUGUAGGUAAUAUAGACAAUAACAUAUACAAUUUGUAUUUGUAAGCAUAAUGACAAUAAAUUAUCAAAUGUAUUGUGAAAAAUUUGGUUAACCUAUAUAGGUAAACAUGACCCUAUUUUUAUGUGACUUAUUGAUUCCGGUAACUAAUUUCAAUGUAUAAUUUCAAUUCACAGUCAAUAUCAGUUAUAUAGUAGCCUACAUAUAUUAAUUUAUGAUGGUAAAUCUAAACCAACAUCUAGACAAUAAUAUCGUUAUACCUUGUGCACAUAGUUGUUAUGUAAUGCAGCUUACUUUUUUUAAAGCUUCCAACCAUGUAAAAAUAGUGGUUUUUAACUGAGAGUCUUUGACAUUUUUGAGGUUUGGUAUUAAUUGUUAUUAGAUAAAUAUUUUAUCAUGGGAAUAUCCACUUCUACCUCCUAACCAUGCAUCCAUAUCCCUCCACAUAUCCUCCCUGCCAUAUCAGUAAAGAUAAAAAAAAUAUUUUAUUUUGUGUUAAGAGUUAGAAAUUUACAUGAUUGUCACUGUAGAAAAUAUUAAGGUUACAAUUUCUGAUUUUAUCAUGUAAACUUACAAACUAAUAUUCUAUUACUAUUUAUACUAUUUCAAUAUAAAAUGGGUUAUAAUUAAUCUAACAUUUUUUUUCCUUGUAGUUUUGUUUUUAAAUCAAGUAAAAAUGUAUCAAGGCUAAUAUUUUGUGAGAGCGAGAAUAGCAAACGAAUUCAACAAUGAAUUUUAAAACAGUGUACAGUAUAGUUUGCAGCAUUUUAACAGAUAUACUGUACUUCCAUUAUUUUACUGUCCAACUCAUUGUCAGUUUUAUACCAGUGUUAUCAAAAUGUAUAAUUGUUAUUUAAUCUUGAUUAAUAUUUACCAUGCUGUAAAAAUUGUGACAAUAUAAAGUAAUGACUGUUGAUAUUUUAACAAUUAAAGAUUAUGCAUUUUUUACUAGAUAUAAUAAAGAACUAAUAUAAAGAACUCAUAAGCUAUUAAAAAAAAAUCAGAAUUUUGAACUAUGUGUUAAUGUUAGCAAACCAAGAUUUUCUGAAUAAUCAAUAAUAUGUACAAUAGUCAACAAGUAGAAACACCAAUAACACAAAAUAAUUCAUUUACAAGGUACAGUAUUAGGCUAUAUAUAUUCUAUUGCAGUUUAUAUACAUUCUAUAACAAUGUAAAUUAUUUAUUCACUGUACUUAAACUAAUGAGUUUUUAACAAGACUCAAUUUUACAAUCUUGUAUGGUUAUAUUGACAGAUUAUUCUCUUUUAACAACAUUACAUAAGUGUUAACCUAUUUGAUGUACUAUAUAUUGAAUAGAAUGAUCAAUUAUUAAGAUGCUUUACAUUACGGUAUAAUUAAUCAUACAUUCUGGGUUCAUAAUAAUUAUAAAUUAAUUACUAUAUUUCCCAGUAUUAUAUUUAAUUUAGUUUGUCUAAUAAUGAACUUUUAAAAAGUCUUCUUUAUUUGAAUUUUUUUUUAAAGUUGUUUACUUACGGUGAGUAAUAUUUAGCAAAUGUAUAAAGACCUGUAGAAAUCAUUGUAGAGAAUACUUAAAACUAAUGAGUUUUAAAAUUAAAUUUUGUAUGUUUCAAUUUCAAAUUUUGCAUUGUAAAUUCAUCUGCUGUUUUGUCCACAUAAAAGUUAAUGUAAUAGGAUAAAAAAUUCGAGAGCUUGUCCAAGAUCAAGUAAAUAUAAUUAUUUAUUUAUUUAACAUAGUUUAUCUUUGUUAUAAGCAAUUUGUUGUAAUCUUGUACUUAAUUUAUUUUUUGUACAAUAUUACCCAGUGUAGUUGUGACUUAAAAUAUUCUUCUAGUUGUAAAAAAAAGAAGCUUUGUAUUUAUUUUAUAAGGUAAAUUUUUAUAUCUGCUAUUGUAUACAUUUAGAGUAGCUAUUUUUAUAAUCUCAAUUCUCAAGCGAUAGUAAGUGCUUUACAUUUACAAUAGCAUAAAUGGAGUAUAGAUGAAUCUCAUUUGAAUUUGUCUUGGUAAGGGGAGACAUUCAAACUUCGAAAAGUUUAUUUAAAAUCUGACGUAAAAGUUGAUAUUUGUAUUUGUACAAUUGAAAACUAGUGUCAAUGUUUCCAUACUAAAGAGGUCUCUUUAAGUUUAAUUUUUCCUUUUCCCUAAUAGUUUUGUAGGUAGUCUAGAAAAAAACAAUUAAACAGGAAAAGAAUGAAAUACUCACUCCACAUACUAUGUAACUUAUAGGGGGACAAUGUAAAAAUUAAGAACAUUUUUAUGUUCAAAAUAGCUCAACACAAGAAUUCUCAAUAUUUUCACUGUCAUGGAACACUAGAGCAUUACCGAUGUAUAAGUGCCGAUAUUUCACAGGUGGUUCUUUGAAAAUAAAUCUACAGAAAAUAAACUAAGAACCUCUACAGGAUUUCUUUAGAAACAAUACUAAGUACACAGAAAAUGUUAAGUUACCUACUCAUAUAACACAUGCUUCCUGAGUAUCACUCGGUUAUAAAAAAGAACGUCCCCACUUUUAGGAAGAAGUUGAUGUCGGGAAACUUCCAAUAAUUUUCAGUUAUUCUAUAAGCAAAAUAUAUUCACUAUAUAUCUAAACCGUCAAUGAUUCAACUAUGCUCCAAUGACCUUUAUUGACAAUAAUUCUAAUGUGGCAACAUCAAUUCUUGACAAUAAUGUAGCGAAAUGUCAAAAUAGAACGAAAACACCUGUAGACCAACUUGCCCUGGGUCAUGUAAAUAAAUCAUGCUUUAAAAGAAACUAAUGCUUCCCUGUUAUUUAUUUUAACUGUAUAUAUAGAUUAUGCUCAGUAAUAAAACAUGUUUUAUUAAUA